UAUUCAAUAUUUUAUAGGUUCCUCUUUCUUUGUCAUCUUCCCUCCAACGAAAGAAUAUUUUAUUACCAUCUUUCCUUUUCUUUCUUGUUCGACUGGGUGUUAUUCCGCCAGCCCACCUUUCAAGGCAAUAGGAUAGAUAAGACAUUACGGGCUUAGAAGGCGUAGUCAAUGAAAGAAUUUCUCGCAUCAGCUCCAGGGAAGUGAAGCGAAGACUGAAAGAUAGUGGAUACGAAAAGGAGCCAUGCGAUGUGCUUACUUUGUUUCACUGGUGUUGUCCGUGUCGUAUGUGACCUGUGGAGGUAUUAGGUGGUAUGAAUACGUAGGAUGCUAUAAAGAUUCGGAUCCCAGAGAUCUCCCACAAAGAGUUCACGACCGUGAAGUGACCGUGAAAUCGUGUGCCAAGAGCUGUAAGGACCUGUUUUAUAGAUAUGCUGGCCUUCAGUUCUCGUAUCUAUGCUUCUGUGGUAACAAGCGAGGACGGUAUGGCCUGCUUCCGGAAUGGAAAUGCUCGAGUGAAUGUACUAACAAAGACGACAAGCACUGUGGAGGAUACUGGAGUAAUUCCAUUUAUAAAACAGGUUAUGAUCCACCAGCUGGUGUCAAGAUAACUCCAUUAUUAACAAAAGCGUUAGCCGAUCUUAAACCGCAUGUUAACGCUACCAAACACACGAAAGGAAAGAAAAAAGGUUAAAAGUACCAAUCACUGACUGUGAGACGGAAAUCUGGAAUCCCAGGACAUAACUCGCUGGUCUGUUUAUGUUUUUUAGAUUGACUUCCUUGAAUGCAAUUGAUGUUAAUUGAAGCUAGUUUUGCUUUCUCCUGUGCAAAUCACCAAAACUGGGUAAUAAAGAAAAUAGUUCAAUCCUCA